CAAUCAGUGAUGCGGUUGAAUGCCGAAUGGUUCUCCGUCGUCGACCGUCGUAUCGUUUCACAAAUUCUGUGCUGAUAAAAAAUAAUAAUAAUAAUAAUCUAAUAUCAUAAAACAACUUUCGACGGUCACUAGUUUCUCGUUAGUCGUCACUCGUCAGUAAGUUGUCGCUGAUCGUUAAUAUUUUAAGACGCUUUCGUGUUUGCUGUGCGCGCUGCUGUCGAUCGCGUAUGAAGCUUAGCCAAAAUCUAAUCUCAUUCACCUACAAAUAAUUUAAUAAUUACUGUAGAUUAUUAAAUGUGUAAAAGUAUUACUGCGUUAAUCGAAUAAUCUAACGUUCGACGUACUUAUUAUAACCUAAUAAUAUUUUAUACCUACAUUCACACACUAUGGCCGAUGAAGACGUGCCACACGCCUAUGGUAAUGGGCACGAAGAAAAUGGACAUGUGCCGGAAAUUGAGCUCAUCAUUAAGGCUUCAACAAUUGACGGUCGACGAAAAGGAGCAUGUCUAUUUUGCCAAGAAUAUUUCAUGGACCUAUAUCUACUUGCCGAGCUAAAAACCAUCAGUCUUAAAGUCACUACAGUAGAUAUGCAAAAACCUCCUCCCGAUUUCAGGAGUAACUUUGAUGCGAAUCCGCCACCUAUUUUAAUAGACAAUGGAAUGGCUGUUUUGGAGAAUGAAAAAAUCGAAAGACAUAUCAUGAAGAACGUACCAGGUGGAUACAAUCUAUUUGUGCAGGAUAAAGAAGUGGCCACGCUGAUUGAAAACUUGUACAGUAAGCUGAAGCUGAUGCUAUUAAAAAAAGACGACGUAAGCAUAAAUAGCCUGUUGUCUCAUUUGCGUAAGAUAAAUUUGCAUUUAGAAAAGAAGAACACUCGGUUUUUGACCGGCGACACAAUGUGUUGUUUCGACUGCGAGUUGAUGCCCCGUCUACAACACAUUAGAGUAGCUGGUAAAUACUUUAUGGACUUUCAAAUGCCGACCGACCUGAGGUACCUGUGGCGUUACAUGUUGCACAUGUACCAACUAGACGCGUUCACUCAGAGCUGUCCUGCCGAUCAAGACAUCGUCAACCACUACAAACAACAGCAGAAUCUCAUGUUACAGAACGUCAAGAUGAAGAAACACGAGGAACUGGAGACACCAACGUUCACCACCUCCAUACCGGUGGAGCUCGACUUGCAGCAAGACGAAUAGAGUGGCUCUGGGUAUGGUGGUCAUGGAUAAUAUCUGCAGUAUGCUUAAUACUUAUAAUAUUUAUCUAUGAAGGUGGUAUACGUACACGUACGAUAAUACCACAUCGCCUACCAAUCUGUGUGUGUGUGUAUAUAUAUAUAUAUAUAUAUAUAUAUUCAGUGAUGUAACACGACGAUUCUCCAUCCACGUCAUCCGCAGCUGCAGUAGACAAUAUAUAUUUUACGAGUACCUAUAUGUAUACGCAUAUAAUUUGGAAUGUCACGAUGACAUCACCGCGGUGUGCAGUAUAGACAACAACUUUUACAUGUAAUAUUAUAGGUAUGUGUAUACAACAUUGUAUGUAUACUGCAGAGUGAACUGCAGCUGCAGUACCUAUAUAUCAUAACAAUAUUAUUAUCAGUAUAGGUACAGCAUAUUAUCAUAAUAUUAUUAUAUUAUCCGCCAUUUAUUUCUUCUUUUGGUUUGAAUUUUUUUCUUUUAUUUUCUACAAUCUAUWUACAAUAUCAUACAAUACACUAUAUAACAUACGCCUUCGUGUACUCCUCUGUGUUAAUUUAUUUGUAAUAAUAUAUUUUGUAUUAUGUAUUUCAUUAUUUUUUAUUAAUAUUAUACAACUAAACCGAGUUAUAACUUGAGCUAUUAAACUAUGUAUCAUUGUAUUAACCAACUAUUUAUAAUAAUAAUAUACCUAUCCAUUAUAUUAUAUUAUAC